GUAUCGGCGAGAUUCUCUCCGCUCGUGAAAUAGAUUGGUUAGAUCAAUGGAGUAAACAAUUUUCUCAGUAUUCUAGUCUAUUAUAUUUGUAUUGCAUUGAAUUCAUUUAAUUAUUGUCAUGGUUAGUUGUCCCACGUAUCAAAGUCUUGUAUAUUUAAACUUUAAAUUAUUAUCACUUUUUCAAAAUAAUUUAUAAUAUUGCAAAGUGUUUUAUUUUGAAAAAAGUAUAUAUUGCAAAGUCUUGAGUUCGUCCGUGUUUGUUGUAGAUAGAAAAUGUUGAGCAGAAUUGCAUCAAUUCUGUUGAUUGUAAUUUUGGCCUUAGCCUACAAGGGCAUUAAACCUCCAGCCCCAAGAACAUGUGGUUCACCGGGUGGUCCACCGAUAACAGCAACAAGGAUAAAGCUGAGAGAUGGAAGACAUUUGGCUUACAAAGAAUAUGGUGUUCCAAGAGAAUCAGCCAGCAAGAAGAUUGUAUUCAUACAUGGAUUUGGAUCUUGCAGACAUGAUACAGUCAUAGCAACAAACCUUCCAUCUGGGUUGCUUGAGGAAUUGGGAGCAUAUAUAGUGUCUUUUGAUAGACCAGGGUAUGGAGAAAGUGAUGCUGAUCCAAAAAGAAGUCCAAAAAGUUUGGCUCUUGAUAUUGAGGAACUUGCAGAUAAUCUGGAAUUGGGAUCCAAGUUCUAUGUCAUGGGAUUUUCUAUGGGUGGACAAGCUGUUUGGGGUUGCCUCAAAUUCAUUCCUCACAGACUUGCUGGGGCAACACUGUUGACUCCAGGGAUAAACUACUGGUGGCAUGGACUUCCUUACAACAUGUCCGUAAAGGCCUAUUAUGAGCAACUUCCACGAGACCAAUGGGCACUUCGAGUUGCUCAUUAUGUUCCAUGGCUUACAUACUGGUGGUUUACUCAAAACUGGUUUCCUACUUCAAGUGCAGUAAAUAUCAAUCCUGCUAUUCUAUCUCCCCAAGAUUUAUCCAUUUUUUCCAACUUUGUUAAAAAAGAACAUCAAUCACAGAUGAAACAACAAGGUGAGCAUGAAUCUAUAUGCCGUGACGCCAUGGUUGGUUUUGGAACUUGGGAUUUUAGUCCACUUGAUCUUGAUAACCCUUUCCCAGAUAAUGCAACCCAAGUUCAUCUAUGGCAAGGUACUGAUGAUCGGCUUAUCGACGUUACACUGCAACGAUAUAUUGUUAAAAAACUUCCAUGGAUUCAGUACCAUGAAUUAGCAGGCGCUGGACACAUGUUUCCAUAUAUCGAAGAAGUGAGUGCAGCUAUCAUCAAAACACAGUUGAUGGAUACAAAGUAGUAAAAUUUGAAACAAACAUGUACUAAAGUUCAAGUUAAGACGUGAAACUAUUUAGUGUUCAACAAUCUUAUAUUGUGCUUGUAUAAUCCAGUAUUGCUUAUAUAAUAAACAUGCUUAACUCAAAUCAUAAAGUUAUCAAGUGAAAGUUUGCUAAUUAGUGCCGA